AUGUGCUAUUUUAAAGUUUUCAUCCAAAUUUUAGAAGACCUUCAUGUUCGCAAAAAACGUCUAAUUUCCCAAACGUCAAGUGGAAGUCAGCCAGUGAAGAUUCAUCAAGUUCCGUAUGUUGUCAAUAUUUUAAUGAACAGUCUUCCUGCCUGUGGAGGUAGUAUAUUAUCAGAAUAUGUUAUCAUCACAGCAGCUCAUUGUUUUGAUGACCAUACUGGGAAGUACAGCAUUCUAUCUGGUUCAAUAUAUGUUGAUCAAGGAACACACCAUAGCAUUAAAAGAAUACUAAUAUAUCCACAUUUUCAUCCUAAAAAAUAUGGAAACGAUCUUGCCUUAUUUUCAAUUUCACCAGCCAUCGACUUCGCUCGUUCGACAAAUCGAAAAAUAUUGCUGUAUAAUGGACACGUACCACCAAAUACUCUUGGAACAGUUAGUGGUUGGGGUUCUAUCGGUUUAGGAAGGGCAACCUAUUUCAAAGGCGGAAUGGUAUUUCCUAAAGUAUUGCGAUCAAUCACUGUACCCACAAUCAGCGAGGAACAAUGUUGGCGAGACGUCGCCCAACACUGCCAAGAAGAUGAACAUGAAAUUACAAAUAAAGUAAUUUGUGCUUUUGAUAGAAUUGAAGGAAAGCGCUGUAGCUAUGGUGAUUCUGGCGGUCCUCUAGUUGUGAAUGGUCAAUUGGCUGGUAUUAUGGCUUGGGGUCUAGAAAAUGAAGCAGGUCCUGAUGUUUUUAUGAAUCUGUCUCACCCUGCAUACAGAAACUGGAUACUUUCAAACAUGGAACACAGUCUGUUUAAUUCGCCGAUUAUUCGAGACAAGAUUCGAGACGAGGUCUCGAGACGAGUUCGAGACGAGGUCUCGAGACGAGUUCGAGACGAGGUCUCGAGACGAGUUCGAGACGAGGUUUAA